AUGACGAAGUCGAUAUCAACAACCUCAGCCGCAGAGGAACAAUCGCAUGAAGUGGUUUACAAAUCAUGGGAUCUUCUCAUCUAUGAGAUCUGGGUUCUCGGAAUCGUCAGCACCUGGGCUUGGGGAUGCAGCACGACCAAAUAUCUCCUCCCGCAGUUUCGCUCCAACGUUGGCAAAAACCACCUCGACAUUGGCAGCGGGACUGGUUAUUAUCUUCGAAAAGGAGGCAUAUCACCAUCUACGAAGCUGACUCUUCUCGACCUUGAACGGCCAGCACUCGAUGUCGGCCUGAAACGGUCGGGUAGGCCCGAUGCGAGAGGAAUACUAGCUGAUAUCUUGAAGCCGCUUCCUGUCCAAGACAAGUUCGACUCAAUCUCCAUGUACUACUUGCUCCACUGCAUCCCUGCAACUGUACAGCAGAAGUGCAACAUCUUUUCACACAUCAAGGACAACAUGACUGCCGACGGUGUCAUCCAUGGAGCCAACGUGUUGGGAAAGGGCGUUCGAAAGGAUAACCGCUUCGCAGCGUAUGUGCGGCGCUGUGUUCUAAAAGCUGGGAUCUUCCAUAACUUGGAAGAUAACGCCUACGACUUUGAGCAUGCUUUGAGGCAAAAUUUUGAAGACGUCCAGACGUGGGUGGUUGGAUCUGUCUUCAUGUUUAGGGCGGCCAAGCCCAAGCUGUGA